CAGCAAAACAUUGAACCAAGUAAAGGUUGCCAUACAUAUAGAAACACAAAAAGAGGCAAGUAGCAGAUUUAUUCCGAUUUCCGAUGUGGUAUGAGUUGAUGGUUUAUUAUGUAAGAGACAAGUAGCGGAUUAGUCUAGACUUCCAGUUGAUGAUUUAUUAUGUAAGAGACAAGUAGCGGAUUAGUCUAGACUUCCGGUUGAUGAUUUAUUAUGUAAGAUAUGAUUAAGAAAACAACCAACACACAGAUGAAAUGAUUUAUCAUCAUGUUUACAGUACAGGCUCAUCAGUAUAAACCAGACUUCCCAAUAUUGAAGAGAUAUUAGGGAGUUCUACAGUUAAUCUUACAGACAUGGAUGUUAAUGCUGAUGUAUGCAGAAAACUUAACAAUUACUUGUGCGAGAUCAUAGGAUCAGAAGACGUCGUUAAAGUAAGGCGCCAAUACUACGUUUCUUUAGAUUAUUUUUGUGAGAGAGAGACAGCUUUUAUUACUAGUGGAAGUAGGUCAGAAGGGUUAGAUAUGGGUAGUGAUUUAGAUAUAAUGGGUCUGCUUACCUUUAUACACAUAAGUCAGAAAAGAUCUGCCGACUCUUUUCUUAUUCCGAACAAUUUCACAAUGGAAACCGAAUCAUGUAAGCCUGGGUUUACUCAACUGAAAGGACACAGUUGUUAUUAUCAUCCUUUGGUGCAUAUGAUGUGUGCGCCAAUAAGCGAGGAAUACGUUUUUGCUAGCGGUGAUGUCCGACUUUGGAUUUUAUCUAUAGUUAAUUUGCUCAUAAAGUCAAUGGCCACCUUACAUGGUCCAUGUAUAUCUGAUGGUGUCGAAGAUGGUACAGUUGAUUUUGCGUUGUGUUUGAGAUGCCCAGAGUGGAUCAAACAAGCACAGCCAUGGUUAAAAAGAGAACGUUACUGGCCGUCUCCUAAGUUGGUAUCGAUAAUAUGUGAAUAUGGUAUACUUUUGGUACCAAUAGGCUGUAAGGAAUCUCCCAACGAACACCUGGAAUGGAGAAUUUCUUUUUCCGUAGCAGAAAAACAUCUAAUAUUCUCGUUUACGCACACCCAGCUCCUAUGUUAUGCACUCAUGAAACUUCUAUUAAAGGAAGUGAUUAAUAAGAGAUACAGUUUGAAAGGCUUUAUAUGUUCAUAUUUCUUGAAAACCAUUAUUUUCUGGGUUUCCGAGGAAUUUGAUCCAUCAAUGUGGCGACCAGAAAAUAUUUGGCUAUGCUUUAUGAAAUGCUUUAAGCGUCUGAUAUACUGCGUAACAUACGAACUUCUCCCUCAUUUUUUUAUUACAGAAAACAACCGGUGUGUGUUUGAGCAAAAUUUUAACCAAGAUCAGCAUCUCAAACUGGUAAAUUGCUUGGCAGAACUGUAUUCAAAGGGUCUGGGUUGUUUUAGGAACAGCAAGACAUUAUCACAUUUCUACAGCGGUUUUUUUGUUUACACAAAUAAAUCUAAAAUAGAAAGGAUUUGUUGUGAAAUAAACACUGUAAGUACUACACUGAAUACAAGUGCUCAACUCCGGUUUUUAGGCAUGUUAAGUUUUCUACCCGUAAAAGUAAUGAAUCACAAUUUGUAUGAUGCGUCAUGUCAAUUUUAUGGGCGUCACAUAAUCCGUAGAUUUCUUGACAUUAAAUCGGAUCGGUUUUUACCAUCAAUAGUAUUUUGCAGAUUUUGCCAAAUAUUUGGAAAAACUUUCGAUAUUCACGUUGAUUUUCCAAACAGAUAUAAGUAUAGCUUAUCAAAGCGAUAUUUACCGUAUUUUUACCUUGGAGUUCAUGCAGAUGCUGUUUCUGGAUGGCUUUAUUUAGCUACCUACUUUUAUGGUUUUUGUCAAUAUAAAAUAGCUCUACAACUUAUUUUACAUGCUUCUGUCAAUUGUUCGGAUAAUAAAUUGUUUCUGAAUUCGAUAAAACUUUAUAGCAGCAAUCGUGACGAUAUUGAAAAAGAAGGGAUCUUCUCCGGUGUGUGGAAUAGGUUAAAUGUCUACAGGCGUCAUGUCAUAGAUGAAAUAUCUUUUUAUCUAAACUCGAAAGUUAAUCCACAAGAACUCAAAGUACAGAAUACAACUCAAUCCUAUAUAUGUCCUAAUGUGUAUUUAUAUUUUCUACGUUUCUUAUGUUUAUAUCGUUUAAAUGAAAGUUCCAUACAUCAUACGAGUACACAAGCAUUACUUGAUAUUAGGGCAGCCUGUCAAGAUGAACAUUUUAACUCUAAUGAUUAUUCCAUCGCUGACACCAGCGAAUGUUUAGCUGUAGCUUUAUCAAUUUGUGGAUGCCAGGAACAAGCUAAAAUUGUUUUCUCCUAUAUUAAAAAGCUAAAUAAAACAUUAAAACAUUUUACUUUCGAUCCGAAAUUAUUAUUUUUUUUAUUUGAUAAACUUCACAAAUUGACAGGAAUUGAAAUAUUUUACAAUGAGUCAAUGUUUAUCUAAUUACACUUGU